GUUCAGCUCCAAUUAGUUCAGUUCGCAGUUCAGUUCAGUAAAUAUGAACAGGCCCUUAAAAACAAAAAUACCUUAUUUAACAUUUGUAAAGCCGGCGCCAAAAAUAAAAAAUAAAAAUAAAUAAAUAAAUAAAUCAAUCGUGCACACCACUGAAAACUCUCUCUCGGUCUCAUGUCUCUCCCUUCCUUGGCAAGCUUCUCCUAAUUUUCAUUUCAAAUUCCAACUUCCUUAAAUUCAACCGCACUUCCUUUGUCUCUCAACUCCAUAACUCAACACACAAACUAUUCUACUUCUUCUGUAACAAAAAUGGCUACCCAUUUAAAAGUCCUUGAACUUCGAGCCGAACUCUCCAAACGCUCCCUUGACACUUCCGGUACCAAACCCACUUUGGUGCGGAGGCUGGAAGAAGCCCUUAGCAAAGAAGGCAUUGUCAAGGAUGAUGAUGCCCCGAAUACGAGGGCGGCGAAGAAGAGGGAAAGGGUUGAUGAAGAUGGAAUUAAUGAGGAAAUUGGAAAUGGGUUUGAUGAAAUUUGUGAUAUUGAGAGGUUACAAAGGAUGAAUAUUCAGAAAUUGCGGAAAGAAGCUUCUAAUAGAGGGGUUUCUAGUAGUGGCACUAAGAAGGAGAUUAUUCAAAGGCUUUGUGAUUCUUCUGCUAUUAAUGGGGAUGCUAAAGGAAGAGAGGGAGAAGAAGAUAGACAAGACGAAGAGAUGGUAAAGGAGGUGAAGAAGGAGAAGCUGGUGAAAGCGACUAAGAAAGGUUCAGCUGUCUUGGAUCAAUGGCUUCCAGACCAUAUAAAAAGUUCAUAUCAUGUUUUGGAACUGGGUGAUGACAUUUAUGAUGCCAUGUUGUCCAGCCAAUCAAAAUUCCAUUUACCUGUUUCUUGUACAAGUGCAGAAGUUGAUGGUGGUGGUCUAUACAUGGUUUACAAUAGAUGGGGCAGAGUAGGUGUGAAGGGUCAAGAUAAGUUGUUUGGUCCCUAUUCAUGUCGGGAAAGUGCUACCGAAGAAUUUGAGGCGAAGUUUUUGGCCAAGACAAAAAAUCAUUGGUCCAAUCGAAAAGAUUUUGUUUCUUACCCAAAGUGCUACACAUGGUUGGAAAUGGAUUACAGUGAGAAGGAACAGGACCAUGAGAAGCCGUAUGCUUGUACUAACAUUCAACCUCAGGAAAGCAAACUUGAGCCAAGUGUUGCAAAGUUUAUUUCUCUUAUAUGCAAUAUCAGCAUGAUGAGGCAGCAGAUGAUGGAAAUAGGAUACAAUGCUGAGAAGUUACCACUUGGAAAGUUAAGCAAGUCCACAAUUUUAAAGGGUUAUGACGUUUUGAAGAGGCUUUCUGAAGUCAUUGGGCAAUCAAAUAAAAAGCUAGUUGAGCAAUUAAGUGGGGAAUUCUAUACUGUCAUCCCUCAUGAUUUUGGGUUUAAGAAGAUGCGUGAGUUUGUCAUUGACACGCCUCAAAAAUUGAAAAACAAACUAGAAAUGGUUGAGGCAUUGGGUGAAAUUGAGCUUGCUACAAAAUUGUUGAGUGAUGAUAUGGGAAUGCAGGAUGAUCCCUUGUAUGCUCAGUAUGAACGACUUCAUUGUCAAUUGAUACCUGUAGAAGUUGAUUCAGAAGAAUUCUCCAUGAUCCAGAAGUAUACAAAGAAUACUCAUGCCAAAACACAUUCAGACUAUAAUGUAGAUAUCGUUCAUGUUUUUAGAGUGUCUAGACAGAGAGAAGAGGAGCAGUUUAAAAAGUUUGCUAGCUCAAGAAAUAGGAUGCUGUUGUGGCAUGGUUCUCGGCUUACAAACUGGACUGGAAUUUUAUCUCAAGGAUUGCGCAUUGCUCCGCCUGAAGCACCUGUGACAGGAUAUAUGUUUGGCAAAGGAGUUUAUUUCGCUGACAUGUUCUCCAAGAGUGCAAAUUACUGCUUUUCCAGCCGUAGUGCUCCUACUGGUGUUCUACUUUUGUGUGAGGUGGCAUUGGGUGAGAUGGAGGAGCUUCUACAUUCAAAGUACGAUGCAGAUAAAUUACCGGCAGGAAAGCUAAGCACGAAAGGAAUUGGUUCAACAGAACCAAAUAUGUUGGAGUCCCAGGUGCUCGAUGAUGUCGUUGUUCCCUUUGGAAAGCCAGUAGAGAAGAAAGAUAUCAAGGGUAGUCUACUGUACAACGAGUACAUAGUUUACAAUGUAGAUCAGAUAAGAAUGCGCUAUGUUAUUCAAGUCAAAUUCAACCAUAAUCGAUGAGAUGCUGUGUUAAUGUGAUACCUUUAUCUAAAGCGGAGCUAAUAUCACUAAAUGCUAGAGUACUGUCCAAAGGAGGAGGAAGGUUGAGAGAGGUACUAAGUUGUGUAGACGCAGUCGCAUAUAUCGUGUCUAGUUGAUCGGAAAUGUAUGUAUUUUGAAUCCAAAUUGCCCUACAUUUAAAUUUUCAGGUCUUAAUGAUGAGGUAAAGCAUCUGUAAUUAAGGAAUUUUGUUAUAUAAUGUUUUUUGGGAAACCAUGCAUGUCCAAUGUAUUGUGUAUUCCAAAGAUGUUCAAUAAUUACUUCUUCCGUCU